AUGAUCACGGGCAUCGCAACCAUACUGUUGGUGCUGCUGCUACUGCUGCUGCUGGCACUAGCGAGGCACGGUCGGGGGGUACCAGGGGGCCUACCCCCCGGGCCCAAGCCGCUCCCGCUGCUCGGGAACUUGCUGCAGCUGGAGUCUGGGCGCAUGGAUCGGGCGCUCAUGGAGCUCUCCGCCCGCUGGGGCCCGGUGUUCACGGUGUGGCUGGGCCCGCGGCCCGCCGUGGUGCUGUGCGGCUACGCGGCGCUGCGGGACGCGCUGGUGCUGCAAGCGGACACCUUCUCCGGCCGCGGGGCGAUGCCCGUCUUCGAACGCUUCACGCGCGGGAACGGCAUCGUGUGUUCUAACGGGCCACGCUGGCACAAGUUGCGCAAUUUUGCAAUCGGAGCGCUCCGGGAGUUCGGGUUGGGCCGGCGGAGCAUCGAGGAGCGCAUCCUGGAGGAAGCGACUUGUCUGCUUGGAGAAUUUCGGGCCACCAAAGGAGCCCCGCUGGAUCCCCGGCGGCUGCUAGAUAAUGCUGUGUCAAACGUUAUCUGCUCCGUGGUCUUUGGGAACCGUUACGGCUACGAGGACGCUGAGUUCAUGAGGCUCUUGGAUCUCUUCCUUGAUAACUUCCACAUCAUGAGUUCCAGAUGGGGAGAGAUGUAUAACCUUUUCCCCUCCCUGAUGGACUGGCUCCCUGGCCCCCACCACCAGCUCUUCCGAAACUUCACGGAGCUUCAGGGGUUCAUCUCUGAGCAAAUCCAGCGACACCGGGAGACAAGGCAGUCAGGGGAGCCCCGGGAUUUCAUUGACUGCUUUCUCGACCAGAUGGACAAGGAGCAGGACCAUCCAGACACCCAUUUUCUGGAGGAGACCCUAGUGAUGACGACACAUAAUCUUUUCUUCGGAGGCACAGAGACCACGAGCACCACCCUGCGUUAUGGUCUCCUCAUUCUGCUCAAGCACCCGGAGGUGGCAGGAAAGGUGCAGGCCGAGCUGGAUGAAGUAGUAGGUCGGACCCGCACCCCAAGCCUGGCUGACCGCCAGCACCUGCCCUACACCAACGCAGUGUUGCAUGAAAUCCAGCGGUUCAUCAGCGUCCUGCCGCUGGGGCUGCCGCGGGCCGUCACUCGGGACACCCACCUGCAAGGCUACUCCCUGCCCAAGGGCACCUUUGUGAUUCCUCUAUUGGCAUCUGCUCACCGGGACAUCAGCCAGUUCAAGGACCCCGAGCGUUUCAACCCUAACAACUUCCUGGACGAGGGGAGGUUCCAGAGCAAAGACGCCUUCAUGCCCUUUGCCCCAGGCAAGCGGAUGUGCCUGGGUGCGGGCCUGGCCCGCUCCGAGAUCUUCCUCUUCUUCACCACCAUCCUGCAACGCUUCCGCCUAUGUCCGGUUGGGAGCCUGGCGGGCAUCGAUCUCACCCCACAGUGCACAGGCCUGGGCAAUGUGCCCCCCAACUUCCAGCUCCGCCUGCUGGAGCGCUGA